AUGCAGCAGCAUAGCGCAGGGGCUGUCGCGGGUGCGUUCUCUCCCUGCCUGGGUUUCUAUGGAAUGAGACUCGGGCUCCUUCUACUAGCAAGACGCUGGUGCAUUGCAGGUGCGUCUCCGCAGAAGUUUGAUGGUGAUAGUGCCUACGUGGGGAUGAGUGACGGAAACCCAGAGCUCCUGUCAACCAGCCAGACCUAUAACAGCCAGAGCGAGAACAAUGAAGACUAUGAGAUCCCCCCAAUAACACCUCCCAACCUCCCCGAGCCGUCCCUCCUGCACCUGGGGGACCACGAAGCCAGCUACCACUCGCUGUGCCACGGCCUGGCACCCAACGGUCUGCUCCCUGCCUACUCUUACCAGGCCAUGGACCUUCCAGCCAUCAUGGUAUCCAACAUGUUGGCGCAGGACAGUCACCUGCUGUCGGGCCAGCUGCCCACGAUCCAGGAGAUGGUCCACUCAGAGGUCGCUGCCUAUGACUCCGGCCGGCCGGGGCCCCUGCUCGGCCGCCCAGCGAUGCUGGCCAGCCACAUGAGUGCGCUCAGUCAGUCCCAACUCAUCUCCCAGAUGGGCCUCAGGAGCGGCAUCGUCCACAGCUCCCCGUCGCCCCCAGGGAGCAAGUCAGCCACGCCCUCCCCCUCGAGCUCCACACAGGAGGAGGAGUCGGAAGGACAUUCCAAGAUCUCAGGAGAGAAGAGACCUUCUGCAGACCCAGGAAAAAAGGCCAAGAACCCAAAGAAGAAAAAGAAGAAGGACCCCAAUGAGCCCCAGAAGCCGGUGUCCGCCUAUGCGCUGUUCUUCAGAGACACCCAGGCUGCCAUCAAGGGGCAGAACCCCAGCGCCACCUUCGGGGACGUGUCCAAAAUCGUGGCCUCCAUGUGGGACAGCCUGGGAGAGGAACAGAAGCAGGCCUAUAAGAGGAAGACCGAAGCGGCAAAAAAGGAGUACCUGAAAGCCUUGGCGGCCUACAGAGCUAGCCUCGUCUCCAAGAGUCCCCCGGAACAAGGUGAUGCCAAGAGCCCUCAGGUGAACCCGCCAGCCAAAAUGCUGCCUCCCAAGCAGCCCGUGUACGCCAUGCCUGGCCUGGCCUCCUUCCUGACGCCCUCGGACCUGCAGGCCUUCCGCAGCGGAGCCUCGCCCGCCGGCCUCGCCCGGACGCUGGGCUCCAAAGCGCUGCUGCCGGGCCUCAGCGCGUCCCCGCCGCCGUCCCCUUUCCCACUCAGCCCCCCGCUGCACCAGCAGCUGCCACUGCCUCCCCACGCCCAGGGUGCCCUCCUCAGCCCCCCACUCAGCAUGUCCCCAGCCCCCCAGCCUCCUGUUCUGCCCGCUCCCAUGGCACUCCAGGUGCAGCUGGCCAUGAGCCCUUCGCCUCCAGGGCCACAGGACUUCCCGCACAUCUCGGAGUUCCCCAGUGGCUCCAGCGCCCGUUCACCUGGCCCACCCAACCCUUCGAGCAGUGGGGACUGGGACGGGAGUCACCCUGGUGGGGAGCGCGGCCUUGGCCCCUGCAGCCUGCUCCCCAGGGAUAAAUCGCUCUACCUCACCUAAUCCCGCCUCCCCUCCCUCCCUGAGGCUCGCUGGAAGGCACUGCUCAGAGCCUGAAGGGCUGACUACAGGAGAGAGGCCAUGGCAGCGGGCAGGGUGACCAGCCAGCAAGAGCAGUGACGCAACCAGUGUCCCCAGGGCUGAGUCUCCUCCUCGACUUCCCACCAGACCCUGCAGAGGCAGUUCGCCACCCGCCGCCGCCAGCCCAAAGAACCUGCAGGAACCUUCCGCUCACUGACCUGCUUGCUACGGGGUAGCUGUGGGUCCUGCUCCUCCUCACCCUGCACAAGUCUCCUACUUCUGGACAUCUGGCCCCAGUCCAGGCUCACUGGACUGCUCCUGGCAGGGUCACUUACCUACAGACACCCUCCCCACCAGAUGCAGGGCCAGGGGCUGGUUAGCCACAGAUGUGCAAAUACAGUUUUCCAUUGGCACACAAAAAGAGGCUGAAACCCACAGACUGUGGGUUCUGUGUAAGUAGUUCACUGUUUUAGAACUGUGCUGGAGAUAUAUGUAAGAUUAUUUUGUGUCAGGGGGGCGGGGAGGGAAGUAAUUUCCUUUAAGGUAAAAAGCAUUUUAUAUGACCCUUCCUUAGCACAUUUUUUUUUUAAAGUUUUAUCUUAAGAGAGACUUGCACACAAACAGCUGUCAAACCGAUUCUUCGUCUACACACAAGAGAGAACGGGAGAAUUUGUAGACACACUCAGAGACAUUGUUCUUUCCUUUAAAGAAAAAACAAAAACAAUAUGCCCACCUAUUUAAAAUUGCCAGUGAUGAUUUUUGUCAUCUGUUUAUGGAGAAACAAAGUUGCAGUUUAUCCUAACGUGUGUGUGGUUGGGGUUUGGGUUUUGGUUUUGACGUUGUCCCCAGCUGUUUCCUGGCCCUUGCGAUGUCUGUCGUGGUGCCCAAGUACUUCUCUGAGACCUCUUUAUAAUAAAACGUCUGAAAAGUG